UGAAUAUCUAGGGAAGCCGAAAUUAAAAUAUUUUGCUGAUUUCUAGUUGAUCCAGCGAUGUCUACGAAGACGAUCUCGUUGCUGUUUAUCAAUUUGGGAGGGGAGAUGAUGUACAUCUUAGAUCAGAGACUCCGGGCUCAAAAUAUACCACAGGACAAGGCAAAAAAAGUCAUUCAUGAUAUCGUAGGGACAAUGUACAACAAGAGGUUUAUGGAGGAAUUCUUCAAACCCCAAGCCUUAUACUCUAAGAAGGCAAUGAGAACAGCAUUUGACAGACUAGCCCAUGCUUCAAUCAUGAAAUUGAAUGCUGCCAGCAUGGACAAACUAUAUGACCUUAUGACAAUGGCAUUCAAGUACCAAGUAUCUCUUUGUUUGAGACCCAGUGAUAUAUUGCUAGUCACCCUCAAUCACAUAGAUGCCAUACAUGCCUUGGUCCAGGACUCACCAACUAUACGACAGCAAGUAGAACAUGUUUAUAGACUUCUUAUACAGACUUUUGGUAAUUUAAAUACUGGAGAAUUUCAACUUAUACGACAGACCUUAUUACACUUUUUUCAAGAUAUGCAUAUACGGGUUUCAAUUUUCUUAAAAGAUAAAGUGCAAAAUUCCAAUGGCAGGUUUGCCCUGGCUACUAAAGGACCUGUCCCAUGGGGCGGAGAAGUGCCUGGAACUAUACGAUUAUUCAAUGCUUCGGGUAAAGAGACAGACACAGAAUCUUUCCCACCAGGUGGCUCUUAUGUCAGCUCUAAACGUGAAGGAUCUGUAGAUUUAAAAGGUGACAGAGUAACUAAGCUAGGUACAAAUAUGUAUGGUGUGGCUAAGCCUUCAGAAACAACUGUCCUACCUAAUAAAGUCACCAGUAAACCUUCAAGAGAAGUGGACACCAGCAAUCCAGAUCCCAAUGCAAAAGCUCAACUAGAUCUGCUGUCACAGCUUAUUGGAGGCCAGCAGAAGAAAUCUGGAAAGUCAGAGUUCAGGCUCAAUCUCUUCAAUACAGAUGAAGAGGAAAAAGAGGCUGAGGCCAUGAGACCACCAGAAGAAGAGGGAUCUAAAGUAAUCAAUAUUGAUGCUAGGAAGAAAAAGCAAAGUGCAGAGUUGAGUAAGAUCAUGGGAGAGAUGAGUGUGGAUGAUAGCCAAGGGAGAGAUGAGGAUGACCUACUUGACCUCAUGGACAAUGCCUAGGAACAACCCUCCCCCUGUAGACUAGUCGAUUGCCUUAUAAAGAACAAGUGAUUUGGAUUGGUGGUAUCAUCGAAAAAACAUUUGUUACAAAAGUUCACAUCCCACCAGUUAAUUAUUCUACGAACUGAAAAUCAUUUUAUAAAAUGAUGAUGAAUUUAUAAGAUUAUGAUGAAUAUUGUAGAAAAUGAUGAUUAUUUUAUAAAACGAUGAUAAUUUUAUAAGAUUAUGAUGAAUAUUGUAGAAAAUGAUGAUAAUUUUAUGAGAGUAUGAUGAAUAUUGUAGAAAAUCAUGA